ACCUCCUACCGCCAAGCCCACCAAGCCCACCAAGCCCACCAAGCCCACCGGGUAACAAACGACCGGGCACGGCACCCAAGCCAAUUAAGCUUCAUUCACGUCGCACCGGAGUCUCGCGGUGCACAUCGCGAACGACAGACACGACAGCAUAGACAACAUACACCACCUUCGCACCUCCGCUUCACCUUACCACGCACCACCUACCACCCUCCGUCGCCCACCCCCUUCGCCCAUCGCGCUCCAUUCGUCCGCUUCUCACAAACACCCCACCACCGCACACCCUCCAAAUCCCAAAUUCCGAACUUCCAACCUUCCAACCUUCCAAACCCCAACCAUGCCGAAACCAAAGCAGAAGGAAAUUAGCCUCGACGACAUCCUGACCAAGAAACGCCGCGCCGAAGCCUCUCGCAGAGCAACGGAGAUCAUGGGCGCUGCGGCGCGCCGCAGCAGCCACGGCGUCACUCACGCCAACACCCACGGCCACGCCAACAGCCACGACAUCACCCACCCCAACCCCCACGGCCGCCCCAGCCCCAACCCGCGCGCCGGUUCCGGUGCCGGCUUCAUAGGCUCCAGCGCAGUACGCGUCGGCGACCCGCAGGCCGUCUCCGGCUCCGGCGCUAGAGCUGUAUCGACUGUGGCAGCGACAGGCAGGUGGAAACAUGAUCUCCACUCGCGUGUGAAUCCGGAUGCGAGCCGCGUUUCGAAGUCGAAGGGUGUAGGCGUGGGAGUGGGGAAGGGUGUGGGAGUGGGGAAGGGCGUGGGUACCAGGGUUAGUCCCGCUGUGGCGAAGCAGUUGCAGGGCAACAGGUUGUUUGCGGCGUUGCAUGGGGAUCAGGUUGAGGGGCAGGGACGGGGUCAAGCGCAGAGACCGAAGGCUGCUGAGCCAGCGGCGGCGGCGGCGAGCGGCGGCUUCCAGAUCCGCGGCGCAGCGGGGCCAUCAGUCGUGCAGGCGAGCAAUUUCGCGCCGGGGACUACGGCUGAGGAUAUCCGACACGCGAUGCAGGCGCUGGGGAAGAUCCUCAGCUGCAUCAUCCUCACCGUGUCGCCCAGCGUCAUUGCCGAGAUCGUGUUUGAGACUAAGCAGGCGGGUGAUCGGUGCAUACAGCUGUAUAACGGGCAGAAGGCGGAUGGCCGCACGCUCCAUGUCCAGUUCAAGAACUUCCCGCCCGUCGCCUCGCUGUCGGUUUUCCAGCAGCAGCAGCAGCAACACCAGCAGCAACACCAGCAGCAGCAGCAGAUGCAGCAGCUGGUGCGGUCUAGGGAUCCCUUCGCUGAGCGCGAGGAGGCGGAUCGCAAACGCCGUGAGCAGAAUAUUCACUUCCAGGAUGGCCGCUACGGGCUCAAGCCGCCGCCCAUGUACUCUGAUGCGCUGCUGCAGAAGGGGAGGGGGUUUGGGCAGUAGUGGGGUGCGGGUGAG